ACUAAAACCACAAAAAAAAAAAAAAAAAAAAAUGGCUGCCGGAGGAGGAGGACAAGCGUUUGCGGUGUUGGUGACGAAGAAGGAGAUGGUGGCAGCGCUGUCACCAUUGCAAGAGCAUUGGUUGCCACUUUCAAACCUUGAUCUGCUUCUCCCCCCAGUUAACGUAAGUGUUUUCUUCUGCUAUAAGAAACCAAUUGGUACUAAUAUGAUGAGUUAUGGUGCCAUGGUUGGUGUUCUAAAGAAAGCCUUGGCUCAUACUCUUGUGUCGUACUACGCGCUCGCCGGUGAGGUUGUUGCAAACUCAGCUGGAGAGCCGGAGAUUCUCUGCAACAACAAUGGUGUCGAAUUCGUCGAAGCUUUUGCGGAUGUUGAGCUUCAACAUCUUAACCUUUAUAACCCAGAUGAAAGCAUUGAAGGCAAACUAGCUCCCCAGAAGAAGCAUGGAGUACUUGCCGUCCAGGCAACGGAGUUGAAAUGUGGAGCUCUAGUGGUGGGAUGCACGUUUGAUCACCGAAUAGCCGAUGCGUACUCGGCUAACAUGUUCCUGGUGUCAUGGACGGAGAUGGCUCAGUCUAAACCACUAUCUACAUUACCAUCUUUCAGACGGUCAAGUCUAAACCCUCGACGCCCUUUAAACAUUGACUCAUCGCUUGAUGACAUAUACGUGCCAGUCUCAGCAAUACCCCCUCCCCGGGAUUCUACUAUUGCGCCUGACGAUCAUCUGGCAAGCCGGAUAUACUAUGUGAAGGCCAGCGACCUAAACCGGCUUCAGUCCCUCACCGGCUCCAAUUGUUACAAGAGGACUAAGCUUGAGUCCAUGAGUGCAUUAUUGUGGAAAAUUGUUGCCAAAUCUUCCACCAAAACAAAUCCCCACAAUGUGGUUUCAAGAAUGGGGAUAGUAGUGGAUGGAAGGACAAGAUUAAGCCAAGAUAAUGUCAAUAAGGCUAAAACAAUGUCCAACUACUUUGGGAAUGUACUCUCUAUUCCCUAUGGAGGCAUAAAAGUUGAUGAUUUAAUUGAAAAACCAUUGGAUUGGGUGACGGAUGAAGUCCAUGAUUUCUUGGAAAAUGGCGUGACAAAGGAACAUUUUCUAGGCCUAAUUGAUUGGGUAGAGGCAAAACGUCCUGGGCCUGUUCUGGCUAAAAUAUAUGUUGGUGACAAAGAUGAUGGACCGGCAUUUGUGGUCUCGUCGGGACAGAGGUUCCCGGUAUCCGAGAUCGAUUUCGGGUGGGCCAAACCCUAUUUCGGAUCGUACCACUUCCCGUGGGGCGGUAGGGCUGGAUAUGUGAUGCCGAUGCCGAGUCCGGCCGUGAAUGGAGAUUGGGUGGUGUACAUGCAUCUUACUGUAGGGCAGCUGGAGUUGGUUGAGGCUGAGGCUUCUCAUAUGUUCAGGCCAUUGACUUAUGAUUAUCUUAACAACGUUGAUAUUGCAAAUUAGGUUGUGAAGAUAUUACAUUAUUGUGUUGUUCACUAUGUCUUGAAUAGAUAUGUCCCAUAAUGUAGGUUGUACGUCA